AUGGCUACUGCCUUGGAACCAGAGGACCAAGACCUUUGGGAAGAAGAAGGAGUCAUGAUGGUAAAGCUGGAGGAUGAUUUCACCUGCGGUCCAGAGUCUGCCUUGCAGGGGGAUGACCCUGUGCUGGAGACCUCUCACCAGAACUUCCGACGCUUUCGCUACCAGGAAGCAUCUAGCCCUAGAGAAGCCCUCAUCAGACUUCGAGAGCUUUGUCAUCAAUGGCUGAGGCCAGAGAGGAGGACAAAGGAGCAGAUCCUCGAGCUGCUCGUGCUGGAGCAGUUCCUCACCGUCCUGCCUGGAGAACUGCAGAGCUGGGUGCGCGGCCAGCGGCCAGAGAGUGGCGAGGAGGCCGUGACGCUGGUGGAGGGUUUGCAGAAACGACCCAGGAGACCAAGGCGGUGGGUAACCGUCCAUGUUCAGGGCCAGGAAGUCCUGUCAGAAGAGACACCACCCCUAGAAGUGGAGCCAGAGUCCUCCAGUGAGCAACAAGAUCCAACACAGACCUUGACCCCUGAGCAGCCCCAUGAGGAAGCCCUCAGAAACACAGAUCUGGGGACAUCGGAACAAGAGAGCUUGCAGCAUGAUGGGGAGCGCCAGCCUCUGCAGGAAAGUGAGGUUCCAGUGUCCCAGGAUCCAGACCUUCCUACAGAACAAGGGUCUGGAGACCCAGGGAUGGUUGCUCUUCUCACUGCCCUCUCUCAGGGACUGGUCACAUUCAAAGAUGUGGCGCUCUGCUUCUCACAGGAUCAGUGGAGUGAUCUGGAUCCAACACAAAAAGAAUUCUAUGGAGAAUAUGUCUUGGAAGAAGAUUGUGGAAUUGUAGUUUCUCUGUCAUUUCCAAUUCCCAGACUGGAUGAUACCUCCCAGAUUAGAGAAGAAGAGCCUCAGGUGCCAGAUGUCCACGAAUCUCAGGAGCCUGCAGAAACAGAAAUCCUGAGUUUUACCUAUACAGGAGACCUGAGUGAAGAUGGGGAAGGAAGUGUUGAGCAAGAAGAUACGCACAGGUCUAUUUUGGUAGACCCAGAAACUCACCAGACUCCAGAUUGGGAGAUAGUCUUUGAGGGUAAUACAAGUAGACUUAAUGAAAGGAGAUUUGGCACAAAUAUUUCUCAAGUUAAUAAUUCCACAAAAACUAGGGAAACUACUCCUGGACACCCCCAGGUAGCGAGGCAACACCACUGCCCUCUAUGUGGAAAAAGUUUCACAUGCAAUUCUCAUCUUAUUAGGCACUUGAGAACUCACACAGGAGAAAAGCCCUAUAAGUGUAUGGAGUGUGGGAAAAGUUAUACACGGAGCUCACAUCUUGCCAGGCACCAGAAAGUCCAUAAGACGAACCCUCCUCAUAAACAUCCUCCAAACCGGAAGACUGUGGAUGCCCCUCUGACCCAGUCGGGGGGAAAUGCCCGCGUAGAAAAACCGUAUAGCUGUGAUGACUGUGGAAAACAUUUCCGUUGGACUUCAGACCUGGUCAGGCACCAGAGGACACACACAGGGGAAAAACCUUUCUUCUGUACUACUUGUGGCAAAAGCUUCAGUCAGAAAUCUGUGUUAACCACACACCAAAGAAUCCAUGCUCCAGGCAAGCCCUACUCGUGCACGGACUGUGGAGAGGACUUCAGUGACCAGAGACAGUUUCUGACACAUCGGAAGACACACGUGACCGAGGAGCUCUUUCUCUGCAGUCAAUGUGGGCGCUCCUUCAACAAUAGUGCAGCAUUUGCCAAGCACCAGAAAGGCCAUGCCUCUGUGAGGAACUGCCGGUGUGAUGAAUGUGGUAAAAGCUUUAGCAGGAGGGAUCAUCUCGUCAGGCAUCAACGAACACACACUGGAGAAAAGCCUUUCACUUGUACUACCUGUGGGAAGAGCUUCAGUAGAGGGUAUCACCUAAUCAGGCACCAGAGAACCCAUACGAGAAAGACCUAGCUAUGUGCCGCGUGUGGAGAACGUUGUUCAGCCCUCAACUGGGAUGGGAUGGACUCUGUGGUUAACCCUAGGAGACCUGUUCUGAGGCAUCUCUUUGACCUGCCCAUACCAUAUGUCACCUCUUCCAGAACUCGUCAGCUCUCCUCAGUCGAGGCUUCUCUUUCACAAGCAUGCUCCUACCUCUACAUCAUGGUGUGAAGUAGGAGAUUUGGGACUCUAAGAAAUUUUUGCUAUUAUGUUUUGGGAAACCUAGGCUGUUCUAUAUCUGAAGACUACUUACCAGCCUCAACUUCUUUGUGACCAAGGAUAAGUAAGUUCUUGGGUCUGAUAAGGGACCGACCUAAAGGGGUCUGUCCUCCCUGGGCUCCAACCGUAAAGCACACAGCCCUAAUCUUAAGACAGGAAUUUUGUGUCCUGAGAGAUUUGCUGCACACUGAUUGGCCAACUUCAGGUUCCCACUAAGUCACCUCUUCACUUAGAUGCUGGAGACAAGGGGGAGAGUGAUAAAGGACAAGUCCUUGAGGCUACUGCACAAGGAUUUUGGCAAGCUGCUCCCUUCCCUGUUCUCAGAAUGACACCAAGUGCCAUACACUGCUACAAAAGCGGGCCUGAUCGAAAGCCUCCUGGGGUGCACCACCACCCCCACCACCCCGUCUGGAUAUGCUUGUCUUUAGCUUUCCUGUGAUCUGGCUACUGUCAACUUUGUACCUUCCAUGCCUACUGCAGGAACAAUGUAGGCUGGAGUGCUGGAGAAUUCAGUAAAGCGUGAUUAAGGCCUGGCGAAACCCAUCACUUCCCCACGUAAUGUUUCAGCGCACCCUUCAUCUGGGUUGUGAGAGGGAAUCUGAAGCCCUGUCGGCCUGGAAAGGCGCCAUAACGUUAUCAGUGCACAGUCACAACUGACUGGCUCACUGCAUUUACGUAAGGAAACUAGAAAAGAUCUGAAACCACUUCAGAAGAUAGGAAACAGCUGUUGCCACUGGCCAAGACUAUUAGGACGAUUCUGCCACCUUGUCCUUAGUGUUCAUGCCUCAGUUCUAUCAUGCAGGGAAGAUAAUGAACCCUAAUAUUUUGAACCCUGAGAAUUCACCAGACGUAAAUGGAUUUUUUGUGUCUGUGUUAUUUGGGUUUUUUAUACAUAUAUUUUCAUUUUCAUGUAACUGUGAACUAAAAAGUGGUAUCUCCUGGUAGCCCAAGGGUCUUUUGCCUGUUUGAGGUUCCCUCGUGUGUCUGGCUAUCUGGAAAGGACCGGGGAGAGUUGCUCCAGAAAUGGAGUAUCGGGUGUGGAAUUAAAGCAUG